AUGUAUUGUCGUGGCGGCAACGACACAACCAAAGACGAACCAAACACCAACCUUGCUGUAAACCCGCUUUACCAACUUGACAAAGCAGACUGGUGGUUCCAGCACGACCGCGGCUGCGACGCCGCCCCUCCGGCCGCCGGCGAGUUCCUCGAAAUCCCGGCAAACGGCGAGUUCACUGUUGAACUUGCCCACAACCGCGCGCAAACAACGCUCUCCUAUGGCGGUAAAUUCGUCUCCGAUUGGCCGGACGGUGGUCAGCAUCCAGACGACUGGAGUGGAUGGAAUACCGACGGAACGCCUGCCGUGUGUUUGAAAGAAGAUGGGGCGCUGCAUACAUAUAACGAGAGUUCAGCUGGGGGCACUGCUUUUGCGAUCAGCUAUCAUUCAGAUAUCAAAGAUGUGACGAUAGAAAAUUUGGUCGUGUUUACGACGCUGGACCAUACGCCUUGGAAACGACUAGCAACCUACAGGGUUCCGAAUUUGCAAGAGUGCCCAGAGGGUGGGUGUCAUUGUGCGUGGCUGUGGAUCCCGAAUGGAUGUGGGCAGCCGAAUAUGUACAUGCAAGGUUUCAAAUGCAACGUAACCGCCGCCUCUCCAACGGCCGCUCCCCUCGCUACGGCGCAAAUCCCCGUGUAUUGCGCAGACGACGACACGAAGUGCGUAAAAGGCGCCAAGCAAAUGCUAGCCUGGAACCAGAAAACAGGCAACAAUAUCGAAACCGAGGAUUGGGUUACGCCAAAUUACAACAUGAAAUGCGGCUGGAAGAAUGGUGCACAGACGGAUAUCUUUGCGAAGGUGGAAGGUCAGAACGCGACGACAGCGACGGCGACGCCCAGUGCUGUGGUGAGCACGGCGAGUAAAGCAGAUGUGUCUAUUCCGAUGUCUUCCUCGACAUCUGUCCCUUUGUUUAGCCCGGCUUCGUUAACACUCGUUGCGGAGACCCCCUCGACACUAGCGACGCGAGUGUCAACGGUCAAGGUCGUUGAGACGGCUGAAGUGACAACUGUUGCUGCACCAACCAGCUCUCCCAAAGCCAAUUCAGGCACCGCGUCUCCGCUUGUACCCACCCCCUCGUGCACUCAAGGACAAGCUCAAGUUCAAUCCGUUACUCGAACCCGAACUCGUACUCGACAUCAUCGGCCUCGACCAAGCGCAACUGCGUGAAAGAUCGCGUAUCCAUAUAGCGGCAAACAGCAGUGCCAUGUAUAUAGCCUUCUCUUCUAGACAGGCACGAACAAGAUUUUCUUCUUACCCAGUACGAUACACUAGCCAGUUUCUAUCUAACUCUGAGCUUUGCGUCUCAAGACUUGUCCGGCAGGCAUGGUACGAG